AUGCUUAUAUGCUCUAUGCAGAUGAUACUAGCUGGUCAUGUAUGGACAAAAUUUUUAAUGCGUAUGCACAUGCAACCAUCUGUUUUAAUUUCUAAAUUUAUUAAACGAUGGUAUGAAUCCAAUUCUGGGAAACAUGCUGGGCAACAGAAUCUAACACAAACUAGUAUUCUUGUAGAAGAGGGAUUAGAAAUACAAGAAGUGCCUCUAAUUGUUAGAAAAAUCAAAGAUAUUGAAACAAUAUGUAACAGCAAAGAUGAAAAAAGUAUUUCCAUUAUUGAUAAUUGUUAUAAGUUUCCCAACAUAUCUAAGAAGAAUGAUCAAUUUACAUUUCAUAGUAAAAGUAACACCAACUCUAAAAGUAAUUCUAACAUAAAAAAUAAACAAUUAAAUCGAAGAAUAGAUAUUGAAACUGAGGAAGGAACUGCAAUAUUAUUUUGUUCUGACCUUGAUUGUUUCAAAGAUUUAGACAUAGAAGAUACUUUGCGGGGAAUAAAUUUGUUUAAUACAGCUGAUGGUGUAUAUUCAAUGUUAGAGAACAAGAUUACUCAAGAAAUAAAUUGUAGAGUAGCUUUGGAAGGCUUAAAAAAAAUUUUGGAAUUGGAAAAUUCUUGGUCUAAACAGAAGAAUAAUAAAAGUCACAGAAGUAGGCAGUUUGAGGUUGAUACCACUGCUAGAGACAUCAUAAUGAAACAAUUAAUUAAAUUAAUUAUUAACAGUAAUGAUACUGAAACGGUACUUCAAGGGCUUAUCACCUUAAAAAAAGAUAGAAUUAGUCCACCUAGAAAUAUAUAUAGAGAUUUAAUGUGUGAUGAAGCUUUAAGUAGGGCAACAGAUGGAGAGUUUACACCUGCACAGUUAAUAAAUUUAAUAAAAAUUUUAUCAUUCUAUAAGGAUUCUAAAUAUCGUAAAUUAAUAGAUACUUUAUGGGUUGGUAUUUUGCUUAGAGAACAGGAAAUUAAUGCACAUACAUUAGUAGCAUUAUUCAAGGCAUUAAAAUAUUUUAAUCAAAGUAAAAAUAUGGUAAAACUAAUUCUUGAAAGAAAACUUUCUGACUAUUGGAUAAAGCUAACAGGUACACAAAUUGCAGAAAUAUUAGAUUGUUUUAAUAAUGAUGUUUCUGCCAUGAAGAGUUUAACAAGUGCUAGUAAAUGGGCAAGUAUAAGUAUGAAUACAUCCAAUGAAAAAGAUUUAAUAAAUUUUAUAAACAGUUUACAUGCAAAAGAUUACAUUGAUAAUACAAUUGAAAACACCUUACAGAAUUAUUUAAAAUCUAAAGUAUCACAUAUUGAUGAUUCAAAAUUGAUAGCAACUAUUAUGAAUUAUUGUAAAAAUUUGCAGGUCAGAAAUGAGUGUAUUUUCUCACAAUGUGGGAAAUAUUUUAUAAAACAUGGCAUGAAUAUAUCAACCUCUUUACUAUCAUCUAUUCUUACUCCAUUUGGAUUAUUAUACAUGCAGCCACCAAAUUGCUUAGAAUUUUGGAAAACUUUUGAUAAUGUAUUAUUAGUAAAAUUUCAUGAUUUGAAACUGGAUGAUGCUUUAGAUAUUCUUCUUUCUUGUACUUAUUUAGAAAAGUAUCCUGUAAAAUUUUUUGAUAAAGUAUUUAUCUCACAGUUGCUUCAUAAAAUUCAUUUGAGAAAUCAUUCUGUUUUCUUUAAUCGUAUAAAAAAUAAAUUGAAGCUAUUAGAUGCCACCAUGUUUUUGGAGUGUAAAGAUUAUCAGUCAUUAUAUUUCCCUUUGACAAGAAUAGAAAAACCAUUAUUGUUAGAUGCAAGAAUUAGGAGAGCAGUUAAUAUGAUAUAUCAACCAUUAGCAUCUUUGGUAGGAGGAGAACAAAAAUUAAGUAAAAAUGUGAUUUUGAAUCGAUUGCCUGUUAUAAAUUUCUAUGUACUUGAUAUUUUAAUACAUCCACAUAUGGUAUCAACAUCAGUAUUUCAUUUGAAUUUAGAUCAAGAGAGAAAUGUAAAUACUGCAGUUUUUAUUUAUUUACCAGAAUAUUAUUGUAGAAAUACCUGCCAUUUAGUAGGACCUCAAAUAAUGAGGAAAAGACAUAUUAAAAAGUUGGGUUUUAAAAUUAUGACAUUAGACUAUGCAUUAUUACAGGAAUUUUGGAAUCAGUCAAAUAAAUUAUCAUCUUAUUUAUUAGAAAGAUUACAUUCUACAGAAGAUGCUUUGUAA